AUGCCAUCCCGCCAGAUGCGGAACAGCAACAGCAAUGGCAUCGACAAGCUCGACUACCAUCCUACCCGCCCCCUUCUCCAUAGCGACAACGAGUCCGCUCCGAGUCGAUCAUCGCGAGACACGAGCUACGCUGGCAGCUUCUUCGAACAGGUGGCAGAAGGCGUCAUGGAGCGCGACCGCGUGCGUAUCCAGCGCGAAGCUGUGCGAUGGCUGAGCUUCAUUUGGGCCCUCAUCAACUGCCUCUGCGCUGGUAGCAUCACUGCCUACUCGCUAUACGGCCAUCUGUUUCAGUCGAGGCUGCACUACACCCAGUUCCAGGUCAACAUCGUCAGCAUCACUGCCGAGCUGGGCAUGUAUUUGCCUGUGCCUGCCUUUGGCUACCUCUGCGAUCGCGUCGGCCCCGGCACUCCAUCCGCUCUAUCUGGUGUAUUAUUUGGAUUGGGAUAUCUGCUAGCUGCCUUUGCAUACAAGAGCGGGCCUCCGCCGUCUGCGGGCGGUCAUGGCUGGCCGUUCGGCGUCAUGGUACUGUCGUUCGUCGCGAUAGGCAUGGGCACGAGCUGCAUGUACCUCUCGGCCGUCACAACGUGCGCGAAGAAUUUUGGACGCGGAAAGUGGAAGGGCAUUGCUUUGGCGGCGCCCAUUGCUGCCUUUGGCCUCAGCGGGUUCUGGCAGAGUCAGGUCGGCAGCAGGCUGCUGUACGAUGUGAAGCCGGACGGGACGAGAGGCGAUGUGAACGUCUACAAGUUCUUCCUGUUCCUGGGCAUCACACUCUGUGUUGUCGGCAUCAUAGGCUUCUUCGCCCUGCAGAUCGUAAACGAGGAAGAGAUGAUAGACGAAGCAGUAGAUGAAUUGGAACGAUCAGGUCUGCUGGCCCACGACGAGUUCUUCACCCAAGCCGCCAGCGUUCACGGGUACGGCACCAUGGAGCCUCGCGAACUCUCCGACUCCACAUUCGACUUCCUCCAAUCCGAAGCCGAGCGCCUGAAAGCCCAAGCCGAAGAAGAAGCCCGCAAGAAGACAUGGCUCCUGAACGAAGAGACCAAGCGCUACGUAUCCGAUCCAACCAUGUGGUGGCUCGCAACCGGCUUCUUUCUCGUCACCGGCCCCGGUGAAGCCUUCAUCAAUAAUCUCGGCACCAUUAUCGGCACCCUCACUCCGCCUCACACACAGGCCACUACCUCCCCUGCAACCCACGUCUCUAUUGUAGCCAUCACCUCUACCAUCGCCCGUCUCGUAACCGGCACCCUCUCCGACAUCCUCGCCCCCGUAGCCCCAAUCCACCAGCAUCGCCGUGGCCCUGACUCGGUCGCCAACUCUACAUCCUCUCUCUUGCCGCAGCAUAAGAGGUUUUCGGUCUCCCGCAUCACUUUCCUCCUUACAUUCGCCUUCAUCCUCUCCCUCGGCCAAUUGCUCCUCGCAAGCGGCUGGGUCCAAAACCACCCCUCCCGCUUCGCAGCCGUCUCCGCCCUCAUCGGCUCCGGCUACGGCGCCGUCUUCAGUCUGACGCCCAUUGUCGUCUCGGUCGUCUGGGGCGUCGAGAACUUUGGCACGAACUGGGGCAUCCUGGCUAUGACGCCUGCCGCCGGAGCAACUGUCUGGAGCGCGAUCUAUGCGACGGUGUACCAGAAGGGGGCUGACGGGGGAGAGCCAGGCAUGGAGCGCGAUGCUAAUGACGUACUGUGCUACGGGAGGGGGUGCUAUGCCGUGACGUUUUGGGCGAUGGCAGUGAGUGUGUGGGUGGCGAUGGGGCUAUGGCUGUGGGCUUGGAGGGGCCCCGGCGGUUGGAAGAAGAGGGGGAUUGCUGUCUGA